ACCGCUCUAUUGUCUUACUGCUAAAUGUGCUGUCACAACUAAAGGACUACAACACCUUGCUGAAAGUCUCCUCUAUGCUCCAGAGGACCCCUGAUCAGGGAAAGAAGUACUUGCGUGAUGCAGAUCGCCAAGUUCUGGCCCAACAGGCCUUUGUGCUUACGGUGAAAGUGCUGGAGGACACUCUCAACGAUCUGACGCAGGUUUCAGAAGAUCAGAGUUCCAAGUCUUCUAACCUUGCUUCAGGAAGGAUGACAACAGACGUCUCUAAUAAAACUAGUGCUGAAGAAGGGAAAGAUGGCCUUCCCAAAAAGCCAGUUUUAUCAGAUGGAGUAGUACAUGGUACUGAAAAUGGAGUAAAGGAGGUGACCCAGGGACAAAUUCCCAAUGCUAUGGACAUAUUGGAACAAGAAGACAAGAAUGACAAGGAAAUUAAAGAGCUCCCAGGGCCUGGUUCAGUUGAGCCUAUGGAUCUUGAUGGAUAUUCCAAUGACCCUGAAAAAAUUGAUUCUUCAUGUAAACGCAGUGAGCCAGACCGUCUUCAGUCUGGCAGGAACUCAAAGGAGAGAGCUCCAGAGAGCCGGACUCCAGAACUUUCUUUGGAAGAGCUAAGUAUCAGCUCAAAACAUCAGCAGCAGGCAGCUAAAGGAAUAGUUCAGGCAGUACCUACAGAGGAACCUGUGCAGAGGUCAGGCAGGAAGAGGAAAUUACUUGAGGAUGUGGAAUCUGGGAAAACACUUCUGCUCGAUGCUUAUCGAGUAUGGCAGCAAGGUCAGAAAGUUAUGGCCUAUGACCUGGGUAAAAUUGAGAAGAUCAUGUCUGAAACAUACAUGCUGAUUAAACAGGUGGAUGAAGAAACAGCACUUGAACAGGCAGUCAAGUUUUGCCAGGUGCAUAUGGGAACAUCAGCACAGAAACAG